GACAAAACGGUAAAGAGUGUGAGAAUUGAGCUAUUGAAUUUAUAGAUAAAUAAAUAAAAACGCGAAUAAGCGUAAAAGGUGUUUGAGAACAAAGCGAUCGCUCGAUAGGUCGGAAAAAUUUUCGUUACCUCCAAAAAUCAAUUUUCCAUUCAGUGAUUAUUCGAUCGUCAAUUGGCAUUGAGUCGAAGUGACGAUAAACGCGCAAGUUUGAAAAUAAAAAUUCCCAGUUAUCUUUUCCCUUUUUCAUUUCGCCGCCUGGUCAGUGCGCGGAUUUAAAAAAUCCGAGUUCCUCCCUCUGUUUUUAAACUCCACUAUCGAUAAGCCUCGACUUCGACUCUUGUUUGUACACGACGAUGAAGAGACCAACCACCGCGAUGGAUUUACUAUCGAUAAUCACCGUGAUCGUCCUCGUCGCGGCUGUCAUGCCGCACUCCACCCACGCCAGACCGUCCGGGCUCGUCAGCAGCAGACAGAAACGCGUUUCGGAUCAACGUGUCGCCGAGCUCGAGACGCUGUUGGCACUCGCGCGAAUGCGAGGCAAGCUGGUGACCGUUCCGGUCGGAUUCGGUCGCGUCGAUCCCGCGAGAAUCGGCCGAAAACGAAGGUCCAGCGAAGACAGUGGACUCGAGAAGCUCCAACGUCUCCUGGAGGCAGUCGAACGCCAAUCGGAAUCGAUCAGCUCGGAAGAAAGCGCUGAGAAACUUGCUUACUUUUGGAACGAUGCGGAAGAUGAAGGGAGCCUCGAGCUAACGGAUCAGCUGAUAUAAUCGAGGAAACGUUCGGUCGUGACGAAUAAAUAGAAAGUACGAAGAUAAUCAUUCAGCAUUAAGAAAAAAAUCUCAAAAAACGUAUAAAAACUACGCGAAAGGAACCGGGGGAAACGAAGAACGAGACGAAGAUUGUUAAAAGAAGAGGACGAAGAGGGAGAAGCAGAAAAAACAAAGGAAAAGGGGCAUUAUGAUUUGAACCCUCCACGCCAGAACAGUAUUAGCGGUCAUGCCGCAGUCCGAACUUGAAUUCCUAACCUAAAAUGUACUUAUCGCACUCUACGCAACUUGACGAAUGAUCGAUCGCUCGAUUUCCUUAAGAAAAUUCAUUGUUCAAGUCUAAGAAAUAUUAAAAACUGUGUCAAUUGAUAUUUUUUCGGCUGAAUGCACCUAACCUAGGUUUUUCCAUGAGUGAACGAAAGGAUUGAUUUUCUAAAGAAGGUAAAAAAAUUACGAAACUUCGAGUUUUUGAAACUUCGAGUUCCAUCACUGCGAGAAUCUUUUCAAUGGUGCAACGAUCAAAUUUUUUCAUAAUUUCACUCAUUUCUCAAUCAACUUCCCUCGCUAAUUGCUCAUUCUCGCUCGUUCGCCAAUCAUUUUUCAACCAGCAUUCCUCCAUACACCUCGAUGAUCGAAUUACUCGAAUUUUAGAAGAAAUUUUCGUCUCACCGUUCGUUUGAUAAAAUUAUUUAUUUUGGGCUAUUAGUAUUUUUGCCUUCGACGUUUACUUUCGUUGAAACGCACCGACACACUUAUCAUUUAAGUUAUUUAUUAUUUAUUUAGUUUAGCUAGACAAAUUUUCAAUUAUCGACGCGAUUAAUUGUGUGAAAGAAACUGCAAUAUAGUUGCAGACAAAAAUCAAGUUCGCAAAAUCGAUGCGAAAAGGAAAAAAAAGAAAACAAUUCGAUUAUUAGAAAGUAAUAGAAAAUACUAAUUUGACCUUUCAAGGUUACUUUGAAUUGCUAACGGCGCACGAUUGAUGUCCGCACACUUUUUUGUCUGCAUACUUCGACGCGAGAUACCCUCGCGUUCCGCCCAGCAGCAGAGAGCAUAUUUUGUAUCGAAAAAAUUCGAGUUUUAUUUAUUUAGGUUAUUUCAAUAGUUCAUUCGGACGAUUUGACAAUUAUUUUCAUUCCUAUCGUAGCUCUCAGUCGUACUAUUUAUUAUUAUUUAUUUAUAAACAAAAAUGUCUCAAUUUAGUUCAAUUCAUUUCAUAUGAGACGAGCGUCGUAUUUUCGCAUGUUUUUUUUCUAUACACGCGAAUCAUUAAUUUAAUAAUUUAUUUGUCUUUCCUGACGAACUUGAACACUCGAGUGAUUCCAAUUUUGAUCCUACUUUAUAUUAUUAUUUUAUUAUUAUUAUUAUCAUACACGUGUAUACGCAACAACGAUUACAAUGUAAUGGUUACAUGUAUUUAUUUACAUACGUACAAACGUGUAAAUGAGUGCGUGCAUGCAAUAAAAAGAAAUGAAAAAAUAUUGCGAA